UCUCCCUUCCCCCACCCCUCUGGACUCUGAGUCUAAGAAGCCCCCAGAGCUGGGUGUGUCACUUAGGUGGGUGUGUGCGUGGGGGUUGGGGCAGGGCAUUGGAUAGGCUAAAGGGAUAUUCCACUGGAGGAUGGAGAUCUUUGAAAGACAGAGAGGUCCCUAAGCUGUGACUCCUUGCGGCAGUCUCCCUGGCAUGGGGGUGAAGCGGAGCCUUCAGAGCGGGGGCACCUUGCUGGGCUUCUUGGCCCAAAUCCUCAUGAUUCUCUCCGCUGCCACCAACUACUGGAUCCGCUACCCUGGAGGCCACAGUGGCCUGUGGCAGGAGUGUAAUGGUGGCAUCUGCUCCAACAUCCCCUGCCAGACCAUGCUGGCGGCCACGGGGGCGUGCAUGGUACUGGCGGCGACCUCCGCCGUCGUUGGUUUGGUGAUGGGGCUGCGGAUUCUGUGCCACGAGGGCGACUUACGGGGCCAGAUUACAAGCGCCACCUUCUUCCUCUGCGGCUUGCUGCUGCUGAUCGCCUUGACAGGCUACACCGUGAAGAACGCGUGGAAAAACAACGUCUUCUUCUCGUGGUCCUAUUUUUCUGGGUGGCUGGCUUUACCCUUCUCUAUUCUCGCGGGUUUCUGCUUUCUGCUGGCGGACAUGAUGGUGCAGGGCACGGAUGCCAUCAGCGGAUUCCCCGUGUGCUUGUGACCGACCGCAGCCUGCCUGGGGCAGAAUAAAGGAACGGCUUUCACCGUC